AUGACUAUCUUCCACAGCCCGUUUCCGCUGCUCAAUCUGCCCGAAGCAGACAUUUUCUCUUUUCUCUUCGAAAAAAACGAUAGGCCGUUUCCGAACGAACAUGUCAUCUUCCAGGAUGCCGAAAACGAGAGACAAUAUUCCUACUCCCAAGUCAAGCAAGCGGCCCUGUCUUUCGGCCACGGGUUAAAGGACCGCUUCGAGUGGCAGAAAGGCGACGUCCUCGUUCUCUUUGCCGCCAACAACGUCGACACUCCAGGGCUUAUCCUGGGGACGCUUUGGACUGGUGGAGUGAUUUCGCCCGCGAACCCAGGCUACACUGUCCGUGAGCUGGUGUACCAACUCCAAGACAGCGGAGCUCGAGCCGUGGCGACCCAGUUCUAUUUGCUGGAGACGGUGAAAGAGGCAUGCCGGCAGGUUGGAAUAUUGGAAGACUCUAUCUUGCUCGUGGACGAACAGAAGGACCCUUCCGGACGCAUCAAACACUACACUGAAAUACAAAGUACAAGCCGUGCGACUCGAUACCAGAAAGCCUACAUCGAGCCUAAAGCCGAUCUUGCGUUUCUGGUCUACUCUUCUGGCACGACAGGAAAGCCCAAGGGCGUGAGGCUCUCGCACUAUAACCUCACCUCAAAUGUCAGUCAGCUUCAACCAGGAGAGCAGUACAACCUCAGCUGGGACGGCUCAAGAACCAGUAGCGACAUCCCACUACCAAGACCCGGGGCAGGAGGAGAUAAAAUUCUUGCCUGUCUUCCGUUCUUCCACAUUUACGGCCUUACCACCACGGUUCUCAACCCUCUGUACACCGGCACCACCACAAUAGUUCUUGCGCGGUUCGAGAUCGAAAAGUGGUGCAAACUGGUCCAGCACCAUUCGAUCACCUUCUCCUACAUUGUCCCUCCGAUUGUCCUCCUGUUGUGUAAACACCCGGCCGUUCCCUCCUACGAUCUCUCCAGCAUCCGCAUGACCAACUCGGGAGCUGCUCCUUUGUCGAGAGAAAUGGUCGAGACAUGCUUUCAACGAACGGGAAUCCGGGUCAAGCAAGGAUAUGGUCUGUCUGAGACCAGCCCCACCGCCUUCAAUCAGCCAUGGGACGACUGGAACGUGAGCGUUGGAAGCGUGGGCAAGGUCCUUUCCAAUAUGGAAGCCAAAAUCUGUACUCCCGCCGACGAGAAUGACCCGACAGAUCGCUCCCAUCGAGAGCUACCGGCGCUCCCACAAGGUACGGUGGGCGAGCUUCAUGUCCGUGGACCGAAUGUCUUCCUGGGCUACCACAACAACCCAGCGGCAACGGCCGAGUGCCUCUCGCCCACCGGUUGGUUCCGUACAGGCGACGUCGGAUACAUGGACGCUCAGGGCAAUCUCUUCCUCACAGACCGUGUUAAGGAGCUCAUCAAAUACAAGGGGUUCCAAGUUGCUCCUGCUGAGCUCGAAGGCUAUCUCCUGGAGCAUCCUCUGGUGGCUGACUGCGCUGUUGUUGGGGUUCAAAGUGCGCAGCUGGGAACCGAAGUGCCCAGAGCUUAUAUCGUGCCGGCAGGCGGUGCUGCUGGCGACAAUGGAUCGUCGUCCGACCUUGAUCGAGCGAAGCUAAUCAUUGCCUGGUUCAACAACAGGGUGGCCAACCACAAAAAGUUGAGAGGCGGAGUCAAGUUCGUCCAGCAGAUCCCGAAGACCGCCAGUGGCAAGAUUCUGCGCAGGAUCCUCAAAGAGCAAGCAAGAGCUGAAGCAAGCAGCGAGGUCGAUGCGAGGGUGGCGCCGAUCGGUCCUAGGUUGUGA